UUCAUCGUUGCAAAUACAAAUCCUCUUUGACUUGGCAAGCGUUGAGACGUCAUAAACAAGUGCUUGAGGCGAAUUCUCCCAGAGUGCACCCACACGCGAUCGAAAUAUCCUGCUAUCUUCCCAAUGCUGCCUCUCCUCGUCCGCCAGGUCAACGCGCUGACCUCACCGCACGUGCUUCAGAAUACCUUCCCUGCGUUCGCCAUGUAUUAUUGUUGGCAUCCCCUGUCUUCCCAAUAGGUUUGAAGUACCGCCGCCUGAACACAGGUGUCGAGGUCGGAGAUGGAGACGCGGAAGAAACGGACAUUGACUUCCGCCGAGGCGGUCGCAUCCUGUCCCGGUGCUAACUCUCUCUUCCACCUAAUCCUGAGUCAGAAGAACUCUCUCCAUAAAUCCCCUUAGCCUUCUUCUUCAUUUCCUGCUAAGAAAACUUCAGCAGCAUCAGCGGAUCGUCGUGUUUGAGUAGGCUUUACGUUUAUAUAGUUGGUGAUGUCCAACGUUCCCAAUUCUCUCCGUGACUCCUGUCUCACCCUCUUCCGCCUCGCCAUCUCCAGUUCCGAUCGCUGGCCCUUCUCUCUCUAGCUUGCGUCCCCCGUCUCCCCUCUGCAGCUCCUCUUGCUGCCGGGUUGCCCGGUCUUCGCAUGCAGCGUGGACGAGAAGAAGCGGGAGAUAACACUAAUAACAACGAGAAGAUCGAGAGCCAUCGCUGUCGUCGCUCGCUGGCCGGCUUCUUCCAGCUCCGCAUGCCGCACAUGGGGCACCGCGAGAGGAAGGAGCGGGCGGCCGCGGGGUUGCCGCCCAAGGGGUGCAUGGCGGUCAGAGUGGGGCAGGAAGGGGAGGAGCAGCGGCGGUUCGUGGUGCCGGUGGCGCACCUCAGCCACCCCCUCUUCGCGGAGUUCCUGGAGGAGGCGAAGGCGGAGUAUGGGUUCAGCCAGCCAGGGGCCAUCUCCAUCCCCUGCGGCGUUGAUCACUUCCGCCACGUGAACGACGUCAUCGACCGCGAGAGGGGCAGCGCUGCAGUCCAUCACCACCACCUCCCCCUCCGCCUUCUUCACUUUACAUGCUGUUUUGGAGCUUAAUGACCGGUGAUGAUAAAUAGAUGAGUGAUUAGGCUUUUGAUAUAUGGAUGAAGAUAAUGAAAUUUGUUGGACUGUACGUAUUUGGGGAUUGAAUGUGUUCGAAAUAGAUAAUUUCAAGCUUAUUGUAAGAAAUAUUUCAUU